AUGCGUGCUGUGCGGCGCGGUUUCAGGGAAGGUGGGGCUAUGGCAGCUGCUAGGGACCCUCCGGAAGUAUCGCUGCGAGAAGCCACCCAGCGAAAAUUGCGGAGGUUUUCCGAGCUAAGAGGCAAACUUGUAGCACCUGGAGAAUUCUGGGACAUAGUUGCAAUAACAGCGGCUGAUGAAAAACAGGAACUUGCUUACAACCAACAGCUGUCAGAAAAGCUGAAAAGAAAGGAGUUACCCCUUGGAGUUCAAUAUCACGUUUUUGUAGAUCCUGCUGGAGCCAAAAUUGGAAAUGGAGGAUCAACACUUUGUGCCCUUCAAUGUUUGGAAAAGCUAUAUGGAGAUAAAUGGAAUUCUUUUACCAUCUUAUUAAUUCACUCUGAUGAAUGGAAGAAAAAAGUCAGUGAAUCAUAUGUUAUCACAAUAGAAAGAUUAGAAGAAGACCUGCAGAUCAAGGAAAAAGAACUGACAGAACUAAGGAAUAUAUUUGGCUCUGAUGAAGCCUUCAGUAAAGUCAAUUUAAAUUACCGCACUGAAAAUGGGUUGUCUCUACUUCAUUUAUGUUGCAUUUGUGGAGGCAACAAAUCACAUAUUCGAACUCUUAUGUUAAAAGGGCUCCGCCCAUCUCGACUGACAAGAAAUGGAUUUACAGCCUUGCAUUUAGCAGUUUACAAGGAUAAUGCAGAAUUGAUCACUUCUCUGCUUCACAGUGGAGCUGAUAUACAGCAGGUUGGAUACGGUGGCCUCACUGCCCUCCAUAUUGCUACAAUAGCUGGCCACCUAGAGGCUGCUGAUGUGCUGUUGCAACAUGGAGCUAAUGUCAAUAUUCAAGAUGCAGUUUUUUUCACCCCAUUGCACAUUGCAGCGUACUAUGGGCAUGAACAGGUAACUCGCCUUCUUUUGAAAUUUGGUGCUGAUGUAAAUGUAAGUGGUGAAGUUGGAGAUAGACCCCUCCACCUAGCAUCUGCAAAAGGAUUCUUGAAUAUUGCAAAACUCUUAACGGAAGAAGGCAGCAAAGCAGAUGUGAAUGCCCAAGAUAAUGAAGACCAUGUCCCACUCCAUUUCUGUUCUCGAUUUGGACACCAUGAUAUAGUUAAGUAUCUGCUGCAAAGUGAUUUGGAAGUUCAACCUCAUGUUGUUAAUAUCUAUGGAGAUACCCCCUUGCACCUGGCAUGCUACAAUGGCAAAUUUGAAGUUGCCAAGGAAAUCAUCCAAAUAUCAGGAACAGAAAGUCUGACUAAGGAAAACAUCUUCAGUGAAACAGCUUUUCAUAGUGCUUGUACCUAUGGCAAGAGCAUUGACCUAGUCAAAUUUCUUCUUGAUCAGAAUGUCAUAAACAUCAACCACCAAGGAAGGGAUGGGCACACUGGAUUACACUCUGCUUGCUACCACGGUCACAUUCGCCUGGUUCAGUUCUUACUGGAUAAUGGAGCUGAUAUGAAUCUAGUGGCUUGUGAUCCCAGCAGGUCUAGUGGUGAAAAAGAUGAGCAGACAUGUUUGAUGUGGGCUUAUGAAAAAGGGCAUGAUGCCAUUGUCACACUCCUGAAGCAUUAUAAGAGACCGCAAGAUGAAUUGCCCUGUAAUGAAUAUUCUCAGCCUGGAGGAGAUGGCUCCUAUGUGUCUGUUCCAUCACCCUUGGGGAAGAUUAAAAGUAUGACAAAAGAGAAGGCAGAUAUUCUCCUCCUAAGAGCUGGAUUGCCUUCACAUUUCCAUCUUCAGCUCUCAGAAAUUGAGUUCCAUGAGAUUAUUGGCUCAGGUUCUUUUGGGAAAGUAUAUAAAGGACGAUGCAGAAAUAAAAUAGUGGCUAUAAAACGUUAUCGAGCCAAUACCUACUGCUCCAAGUCAGAUGUGGAUAUGUUUUGCCGAGAGGUGUCCAUUCUCUGCCAGCUCAAUCAUCCCUGUGUAAUUCAGUUUGUGGGCGCUUGCUUGAAUGAUCCCAGCCAGUUUGCCAUUGUCACUCAAUACAUAUCAGGGGGUUCUCUGUUCUCCCUCCUUCAUGAGCAGAAGAGGAUUCUUGAUUUGCAGUCUAAAUUAAUUAUUGCAGUAGAUGUUGCCAAAGGCAUGGAGUACCUUCACAACCUGACACAGCCAAUUAUACAUCGUGACUUGAACAGUCACAAUAUUCUUCUCUAUGAGGACGGGCAUGCUGUGGUGGCAGAUUUUGGAGAAUCAAGAUUUCUACAGUCUCUGGAUGAAGACAACAUGACAAAACAACCUGGGAACCUCCGUUGGAUGGCUCCUGAGGUGUUCACGCAGUGCACUCGGUACACCAUCAAAGCAGACGUCUUCAGCUACGCUCUGUGUCUGUGGGAAAUUCUCACUGGCGAAAUUCCAUUUGCUCAUCUCAAGCCAGCGGCUGCGGCAGCAGACAUGGCUUACCACCACAUCAGACCUCCCAUUGGCUAUUCCAUUCCCAAGCCCAUAUCAUCUCUGCUGAUACGAGGGUGGAACGCAUAUCCUGAAGGAAGACCCGAGUUUUCUGAAGUUGUCAUGAAGUUAGAAGAGUGUCUGUGCAACAUUGAGCCGAUGUCUCCUGCAUCAAGUAACAGCAGUGGGUCUCUCUCACCUUCCCCUUCUUCUGAUUGCCUGGUGAGCCGGGGAGGACCUGGCCGGAGUCAUGUGGCAGCUUUAAGAAGUCGUUUCGAAUUGGAAUAUGCUCUAAAUGCAAGGUCCUAUGCUGCUUUGUCCCAAAGUGCUGGACAAUAUUCCUCUCAAGGUCUGUCUUUGGAGGAGAUGAAAAGAAGUCUUCAGUAUACACCCAUUGACAAAUAUGGCUAUGUAUCCGAUCCCAUGAGCCCCAUGCAUUUUCAUUCCUGCCGAAAUAGUAGCAGCUUUGAGGACAGCAGCUGACGGCAUUCAGCGUACACCUAAGGAGAGCUUUUUCCCCGAACUGACAGCAAUGAUUCCAAUCACGGCAAGCUGGCUUCCAACUAUAACCUUUUACUCUCAAAGGUCUCCUUAAAUUGGGCUUGUUUUCACUGGCCCUAUUUAAUUCCCCACUAUUAGCAGGCUUUGGAUUUGUGCCUAAAGAAUAAUAUGCAAAAGAACCAAGACAGAAUGUAUAUGAAGAAUUGUUUUUUAAUUUUUAAAUUAAAAAAAAAAUUAGAUCGUUACUUGGAGAUGGAGCCUAAGUCUGUGGUGGACAGAUAAUAAUUACGUUUUCCUGGGCUGAAUUAUGUAGACUUGUGUUUGACAGCUAUGGGUUUAUUUCCUAGAACAUUGUUCAUUUUCUUUUCUCAUUAUGUUACUUCUAGUGUUCUCUGUGAUUAAAGAUUCUUUGGUGAAAUAGAA